AUGGAGAUUAGGGUUCAAAAGGAAGCCAAAGGAAACCAUGGAACUUGGAAAGAGAGAGAGGUUCCUGCCAGUCAAGAACAACCGCCGGCCACCCUCAUCGCCUUGUCCGUCGUGCCGCCAACCAACAUCGUUGACAGCGCCGCCUCCGUCCGUGUCUUGCCGGAGUUUCCGCCGGCGGCGUGCUCGCCGCCGUCGGUGUCGCAGACUGUCCUCCACUGUCGUCCCCUGAGUCCGCUGCCGCCAAAGCUGGAACCAGUAUUUGCGUUUGAUUUGCGUGGAGGUGGAGAUGAAAGUAAAAGUUUUGCGUGGCAUGCUGUUGCAUCAUGGACUUGGAAUGCACAAGAUGAAACAUGUGGAAUUUGUAGGAUGGCCUUUGAUGGUUGUUGCCCUGAUUGCAAGCUCCCUGGGGAUGAUUGCCCAUUGAUUUGGGGUGCAUGCAACCAUGCUUUCCAUCUUCAUUGCAUCCUAAAAUGGGUGAAUUCACAGACUUCUCAGGCUCAUUGCCCCAUGUGCCGCAGAGAAUGGCAAUUCAAGGGGUGAGACCGUAAUUGUAUUACUUGUGACUAGCAACUUAUUGCUACAUUUUCUUUCACCAAACCAAGGCCUAGAGACAUUAAAGGUUUUCCCUAUUAAACUCACCGACUAUUUGAACAUUCGACGCUCAGUUAGGUGUUACUGAGAGACAACGGGCCUUACGUAACGGUGCAACUCCUUGGGGCUAUUUUAAGGUUACAUUUUUUCAAUGUAUAAUAUGAUUGCAAAUUGAAGCAGGGCGUGUGUUUCUCAAGUCUUAUCGAGUCCCAGCUUCUUUGUGUGCUUGAAUUGGACCUUACAAUAUGAAAUGUGCAGGGUUGAAGUUUCAUCCUAUUAGGAUUAGAUGACAUGUGAAAUAGCCAUUAAAUUUUUGUUUUCUUUUUGUCAUUGGCUGUUAGAGAGGUGGAAUUGUUGAAAUUGUUUGCGUUUGUAGAAUUCAUAUUUAUAUUCCCUUUUAAAUAGAUCUUUUCUCAAGUA